AUGGAGGGUCCUCCGUGGCCGCCACCGGCUGCAGAGGGUGCCGCGGCCUCCUCCAGGUCCUUCGCAGACGUGCUCGCUGGCCCAUGCCGGUUAGAGUCGAAUAUUCCGGAUCUGGGGUGUUCCUCAUCGCAUAGAGGGGAACCUGCGUUGCUACUAUCUCAGAAGGAGUUGCAGCUUCUCUCUGCACCGUUUCAGAAUGCGUUAGUCGGCAGGUUUCCCUUUCGCCGCCCACCUAUGGAAGUCAUUAGGCAUUUUUUCGUUUCGCUAGGUCUGAAGGGGGCGUGUGAUGUUGGCCUGCUAGAUCUUAAUCACGUCCUCAUCAGGCCGUCGUCUGAGGAGGACUUUACAAGACUUUUCUUGCGCCGCUCCUGGGUCGUAAAGGGCGCGCAGAUGAUGGUAUCAAAGUGGACGCUGGAUUUCAAAGCUCAUCAGGAUGCUACGUUCGCCCCUGUGUGGGUGUCCUUGCCGUCACUUCCGUUGCCUUUGUUUAACAAGAUGUACAUUGCCAAACUGGCGGGAUUGCUGGGAAGAUUUCUAAAGAUUGACUCUGCGACUUUAGCGUUGAAGCGCCCGUCCGUGGCGAGGGUGCUCGUUGAGAUGGAUGUUUCGGUGUCUCCUCCACACCGUAUUUGGAUUGGAGAGGAUCAGGAGGGUUUCUGGCAGUCGGUGGAGUAUGAGAACUGGCCAAAAUUUUGUGGGUUUUGCACUCGUUUUGGUCAUGAGGUUGGGGAGUGUUUUAGGAAAAACCCAGAUCUUAUUCCUACCAAACCUCUAGGCAAGAAGGUUGACAAGGCAGUGGCGGUUUACAGACCUAAGGUAACCGCUGGUCAGGCUACGUCUGCGCGGGCAUGUCCGGAUAUUCCGAUUAUGGAACCUGGGGUGGAUACCCAUGAUCUGGAGGUACCUAAGGCUGAUAUGGGUCAGGCGGCGCAUAAUCACGCGGAGGAGCAUUGUGACCCGGGGUUAGCCAGCUUGAGGCAGCCGCUGGUGAUCAGACAAUUUUGGAGGAAUUCCGUGGUGGUGCGGAGUUUGGUGGAGACUCGGUAG